UCGGCUGAGAAGGCCUGGGAGGUCGCUCACAGAUAAGGGGGUUUUCUACACAAGAGCCCUGGGAGAGGAAAUGGAGCCCCAGCACCCGAGACAAAGGGCAGGGAUGGGACUAGCCAGCAAAGGAGGCUGCAGCCAGAGGCCCCGGAUCAGAAACCCAGUGGAGUGGUUAGAUCGCCAAACCUUCUCCUUCCACUUUCGCAACCUGAGAUUUGCCAAUGGGCGGAACUGCUCCUACCUCUGCUACCAGGUGGAAAGACUGAAGCACUGCUCACCUGACUCCUCCGACUGGGGGGUCUUUCAAAACCGGGUCUAUCCCGAGACUCCCUGCCACGCGGAACUCUGCUUCCUCUCUUGGUUUUGCGCCAAGAAGCUGUCCCCUUAUGAACAGUACCGCAUCACCUGGUUCUUAUCCUGGAGCCCCUGCUCGUCAUGUGCAGAGCAGGUGGCUGCGUUCCUGAGGGAGAACAGGAACGUGAGGCUGAGCAUCUUCGCCGCCCGCCUCUACUACUUCUGGAAACCAGAGUGCCAGCACGGGCUGCGCAUGAUGCACCAGCAGAGGGCCUGGGUGCGCAUCAUGUCCUUCCGAGACUUUAAAUACUGUUGGAAAAACUUUGUGUACAAUCAGGGAAUGCCCUUCAAGCCUUGGAAGAAACUGCGUAAAAAUUAUCAGUUCCUGGUGGCAAAGCUUCAGGAAAUUCUUGGGAUAUCCGCAACAAAACGCCACAGACUGGGUGACUUAACAACAGGUAUUUACUUUCUCACCGAUAUGGAGGCUAGAAGUCCAAGAUCAAGGAGUCUAAACACAAUGAAUCUGCUAAAAAAAGAAAUAUUCAAACAACAGUUUGGCAACCAGCACCGUGUCCCACAGCCCCACUACCGGAGGAAGACCUAUUUGUGCUACCAGCUGAAGCAGCUCGAUGGUGUCACGCUUGACAAAGGCUGCUUCCGAAACAAGAAACAGCGACAUGCAGAAAUUCGCUUUAUUGACAAGAUCACCUCGCUGAAUCUCGACCCAAACCAGAGCUACAAAAUCAUCUGCUAUGUCACGUGGAGCCCCUGCCCUACCUGUGCCAGGGAACUGGUUGAUUUCAUCAACGGUCAGGACCACCUGAGCCUGCAGAUCUUUGCCUCCCGCCUGUACUUCCACUGGAUCAAGGUGUUUCAGAGGGGGCUGCAGCAGCUACAGGCAGCCCAGGUCUCAGUGGCUGUCAUGACCCGCUCAGAGUUUGAAGACUGCUGGGAAGAAUUUGUGGAUAACCAGGGGAUGCCCUUCGAGUCCUGGGAUAAGCUGGAGCAAUACAGUGAAAGCAUAAGCCGUCGGCUCCAGAAGAUCCUGUCGCGCUCGAAUUGGAAUAAUUUAGAGGAUUCCUUCAGAGACUUGAGACUUGGAUCCCCAUCCCCUUCAUCGUUAAGAAGUGACUCAAGAUGACAGGUCCUGGGGCAUCUCACUGCUUCAUAAACUGCUGGCUCUUAGGAGCAAGUAGCAAGCUCCACGGUCACCCCUGACCCUCGCCCAAGUCCAGAGACCUUUCUUUCCUCUUUCAUUCUUCUUUUUUCCUUUCUUUUCUAA